CCAGGAACGGACCCUCCCCCCCCCCCCAAUCCCCCCAUAUUGCGGCAAAAUGUGAGCCAAAAACCGCGCAUGCAAUCAUUUCCCUUGCACACGAAGCUCAGGACCCUACCCCCUCUCUUACUACAGAGUACGGAGUACUGUACUGUACUUUCUCUACCGAGCUUCCUUUUUGCACCGUACACACACACACACACACAGUAUACAGUCCUUGCCAUCCAUGUAGUCGAUCCGUGGCUGUGCCCGUUCCCCAUCCCCAUGCGGCUUUGCCUUUUUCUGAAGUAAUCUGUAGCAGGUUCAUUUCCCCCAUCGGCGUCCUUUUUUUCAUUUUCUCGCUCGACCGCUGGUUUUUUGUCCCGCCCAUAACUUUUUGGUUGUUUGCUCUGUUACCCUAUAAAUCCUCUGCCCCGAUCCGCCUGGGAAAUCAUGGCCGCCUCUAUUCCACUCCAAUCUUCCUCCAAGGGAUGCUCAUCGACGGUGAAAAGUGGGCCUGUGAAGCUUGCGUUCGCGGUCACCGAGUGACGACCUGCAAGCACCAUGAUCGACCAUUGAUCCACAUCAACCGAAAAGGCCGGCCCUUUGCAACCUGCUCGGUCUGCAACUGCACCCCGUGCGAGGCGCCCGAGGAGCACGCCAAGCUCAAACGUGAGGUUGACGCCAAAUGUCAAGCAUCAAAAAGAGCCGCUGGCAGAUCUCCUCGUUCCACCUCGGUGGGCUCAUUGAAGCCGAUUGCGCCACGUCCUGCGCCCUCGUCCACGGGCGGUUGCGAUGGGUGCAGCAGUGGUGCAGCAGCUGCAGCUGCAGCAGCAGCAGCAGGGAUCAGGCGUGAAUCCCACUCCCCGCCCACAGGGGAUCAUCGCCCUCGAUCCACCAUCUCCGCCAGCCCCCCACCACCCCCCCAAUCUCAGCUGUAUCAACAGCAGCUGCAGACACAGGGCCACGGUCACGGCCUCAUCCCCGACACCCCCGGCGACAGUCCCCUGUACCUGCCCGGCCCUGCCUCGGCGGCCUACCCGCCGUCCCCGACGUACUGCACGAUCGGCGACGGCAUGCCCGGCGCGCUGAGCAUGGUCAACCCGCUCGACUUCGAGGGCGGGGUUGGGGUUUCGUUUGCCGACAGCGCAUCCACCGCCAUCUACGCCCUCGAGGACCUGGACGUCAGCUCUCUGCCGGUGGAGGUCUUCCAGGGGGAUUGGUCGUGGUUGGCGGAUGAGGCGGCGCUGCGGGAGGCGGUAUAACAUUUGCAGGCGGGCUGGACACUCCCGGCUCGUCUAUAUCCACAUCAAAAAACAGAAUCCGAGAAAGGAAGCGAUUGUGCAAAUGUUAUGAGUCAUGAUGUAUACGAGAAUGAUGAUGGUGUUGUUGUUGUUGUUGUUGUUGUUGUUGUUUGAGCGUGAGAUAGCGACCGCUAUUUGGGGAUGAGGGUCUUUUUGUCGGGAGCACAGAACCGUUCACCGUGAGCAACCUGUCGAUAUAGCCAGCCGUGUGGGAGGGGGUUCUGCUGCGCUCUCUUUUGGAGGGGUUGUUCUCACCUUCGGAUCGUAGGAUUUGUAUAUAGGUUCUGCGCUGGAUGUACGGCAGGGUAUAUAUAGCAAUUCGGGAUACAUUCAGCAGAUUCUGAAAUUCGGACGUCGGAGAGUGUCCCAGCAACAAGAAAGACGAGACAAUCAGACCCAGGUAUACCACCUAAC